AGCGCUUCGAGCGCGCAGGGUGGGAUGGUCGGAGAUGCUGAAGUGGACGCCGAAUAGGCAGCUCUUCUCCAGGGUUUGGAGCCGUCCCUACGGAGUCGAGCGCCGAUUAUGCUGCAUAGGGACAGAAGCGACGACUGCUGAAUGCAGAAACCCAGAAGCGACGCAGGAGGGUUGCGGCUAUUUCUUUAUUAACUUGCCCACAAAAUUACACAGGAUAAAUAGAGUACAGUGGAGUAGAAUCGAAAACAGAAUACAGAAUAGAAUAUAAAAGGGAAUAGGGAAUAGAAUAGAAUAAAUAGAAUAGAAUAGAAUAGAGUAAAUAGAAUAGGAGAAUAGAAUAAAAUCAAGAGAAGAGAAGAAUUGGAAGGGUUCUUGUAGGUCAUCUAGUCCAACCCCCUCCUCAAGCAGGAGACCCUCUCUACACCAUUUCUGACAGAUGGCUGUCCACUCUCUUCUUGAAAGCUUCCAGUAACGAAGCACCCACAACUUUUGAAGGUAACAAUUAAGAUUGGACAGGAACCAUGCCUCCAAAGCGUAAAGCAGCUGCCCAAACUCGGGCUGCCAUCAAGGGCAAGAAAGUUAAAAAGGAGCCAGAGCUGAAACCUGAACCAGAGGAAGAUAAUUUCCUGUCCACCAUGGCAGCACUGAAAGCAGCCCCCAAGGAGAAGUCCAAGGCCAAAAUUGAUACUGCCUGUCAGCUGAGUCAUGAUGAUGGUGCCCAGAUUUACCAAGACUAUGACUGUAUGCUGAACCAAACCAACAUUGGCAACAACAACAACAAGUUCUACAUCAUCCAGCUGAUAGAGCAAAAUGGGAAUUACAGUUGCUGGAACCGCUGGGGCCGUGUAGGGGAAGUAGGGCAAUGUAAACUCAGCAGUUGUCCAACCUUGGAAGCUGCCAUAAAUGCUUUUGAGAAGAAAUUCCAAGAGAAGACAAAGAAUAAAUGGGCUAAUCGAGAGAAUUUUAUUGCUCAUGAUGGCAAGUAUACCCUCAUUGAAGUACAACAUGAAGAUAAAGAGGAACAAGAGGUGACAGUAAAGGUGGACGAUGUGGAUGGAAUGAAGUCAUUUAAACAAAAGAUACUGCCUUGCACUUUGGACAAACAGACCCAGAAUCUUAUGACACUCAUAUUCAGCAAUGACAUGUUUAAAGAAGCUAUGCAGACCAUGAAUAUAGAUGUAAAGAAGAUGCCACUGGGAAAGCUGAGCAAACAGCAGAUUGCCAAAGGCUUUGAAGCUUUGGAAGCUCUUGAAGAAGCUCUAAAGAAACAAACACCUUCCCAGAAGCAGCUGGAGGAACUUUCAUCUCGCUUUUAUACCAUUAUUCCCCACAACUUUGGCCGUAAUCGGCCUCCAUCCAUCAACACACAAGAAGUUGUCCAAGCUAAGAAGGAUAUGCUUCUGGUCCUAGCAGAUAUUGAACUGGCCCAGAGUUUACAAGCCCAAAAGAAGGAGGAGGAGGAAGAGGAAGAGAAAGAAAUGGUGAAAGAAGUUCUGCAUCCGCUGGACAAGGACUAUGGGCUUUUGAAAUGUGAGCUCACCUUAGUUGCUCCAUCAUCUGAGGACUAUAAGCUGAUUGAAACCUAUGUGAAGAAGACAGGUUCCACUUACCAAAAGCUUCGUAUCAUGAAUAUUUGGAAGGUGAACAGAGAGGGUGAGAACCAUCGUUUUAAGACUCAUGACCACUUGGGAAAUCGGCGUCUACUCUGGCACGGGACCAACAUAGCUGUUGUUGCUGCCAUCCUGAAGAGUGGCUUGCGGAUCAUGCCCCAUUCUGGUGGCCGUGUUGGCAAGGGAAUUUACUUUGCUUCUGAGAACAGUAAAUCAGCAGGCUAUGUGGGCACCACCUCCAAACGGGAGGGAAUCAUGUUCCUGAACGAAGUGGCCCUGGGCAAGGUGUAUACCAUCACUCAAGAUGACUGUUCAUUGUGCAAGCCCCCAGUGGGUUACGAUAGUGUCCAGGCUUGUGGCCGUACCGAACCUGACCCUGCAUGCGAUAAAGAGCUUAUCCUGGAUGGGAAAAAAGUGCUGAUAGCACAAGGAAAGCCCAUUGUUAUGACUAAGUACCAAAACAGCAGCUUCAGCCAGAGUGAGUACUUGAUCUACCGGGAGAAUCAAUGUUGCAUCCGCUACUUGAUCCAGCUCCAUUUUUGAGGCUUUUUGUGGGCUGCUUUUUCUGCUGGACUCCACCGUUUGCUGGCUCUCAUCUUUCCAGUGCUGAGUGGUUAUCUUAAGAACCUACCUUGAGUUGGUCAG